CGUCAUUUCAUUGUGUAAUUGUUCGUUAGUGACUUGUAUCGUCGAGUAACCUUAAUCGGUGCUAAGGUUCGUUUUGUACUCUCGGACAUCAAAGUGCCAGUUUUCUUAGGUGCAUCGAAAGAAAACGUAUACAGUUCCUGUCCGCGCGAUGACAUCAUUCCAUCUUCAGAAAUCGUGCUCCUCCAAGCGUCACUCCCUGUUCGUUCUGUGUUUAACGUUGACCGUGGCGUCGCGAAGAGUCCGUGCUGAUUUGGACGACCCCAUGUCGUCAUGGCGGGAGGCGAAGGCGAGGCUCAAGGAAAAAAUACUGAGUCACAAGGUGUCCACGACAAAGAUAAGUCCGGUAGAUGACAACGUGGUCGACUUAAGAAUUUUAUUUUGGCCAAUUCAGGUGAGGAAUUUAACUGUCUUUUAGUUUGAAAUUUGAGUUUUUGAUGCAUCUGCCAUUUAAUGUGCUUCGUGCCAGCGCCAUGUUUUUAGAACUUCUUUAGAGGGGGCUGCGCGCCCCCCCCCCCCUUUUUUAUCUGUUAACUAUUUUCUGGUAGAUUACAAGUUGGCCAACUCAUUACUACAUAGUCAAAUACAUCUGACUUCCGCUUAAUUGGGUUCAAUAGGAUACUGUUUUCCUCCAACGCGCUGGAGGGGAUAACUGGUGUUGGUGUUCCGGCUAAUGUGCAAGGGAUUUGAACUCAAGGCCAUGCGAUUAUGCAUCCGGUGUGUUACGUUCCAUUCCCCAGCUGUGGGGCAGUAUUUAUGCUAGUAUGUAACAUUUUCGAAUGAGAGGCAAGUUGAGAGCAUUUGAUCAUUUUAUUGGAAGAUAAAAAAACGGCCACAUAAAAAUGGCUUUUACAGUUAAAUCUCAAACUUUCUGGUUUACCAGGUCCUGACCAUUGAUGAACUGCAGCAGUCCGUCACUACGGUCAGUUACGUGGAGCUGAGUUGGAGGGACAAGGUCCUGGCCUGGGACAAAAUGGAUUAUGAGAAUAUCUCGGUCUUAAGCCUGGACUACCAAGAGUGAGUGAGAGCACCAGUAAUUACAUAAGGGUACCCGGCAUAAGCUCAAAGUACCGGCCAUUACAUCAGGUUAGGGUUCAUUACAUGAGUUUACAGUUCAAUAUAUGAGGUACUGGUCAAUAUGUCAGGUAUUUGUCACCGCAGGAGAGUAGCGGUCAUUUUUAUGAAGUUACGGUAAACAUUUGAUGGUAUAUGUCAUGAUAUAAAUUAUCUCAAAGUUAUCGCCAUGGAGAAUGUCUUCGGCACGAGAAUCAUUUUGUAUUCUUAAUUUAUUUUAUUUUUUUGGUUUAGAAAUAUCCCUUAAGAAGGCGAAUACACGUUUAUAAAAUAUCUAUUCAUAAACAAAUUCUUGAUCUUUAAUAUAAUGGCGACGAAUAUCCAAAUUAUAAUAUUAAUACAAAACAUUUUUUUUAAUUGCAACAAAAAUAAAACAAUGACAACACCUAUAAUAAAAAUUAUAUUAACAAUUAAAAUAAUAAUAAUUUAACUACUGCUAAUAUAAAUAACUAGGAACAAUAGUACUAAAUACAGCAGUGGCGUAACUACGGUGGAUGAUGCCCGGUGAGAGAUGAGCGUUUUGCAGCCCGCUUCCACGAAAUAACAAUCUGAUCAAGAAUCUCCCCUCAACAUCGAAUCCAAAUACAAAAAUUAAACUGCCUGGGUUUGGGGGUCAAGGGGGGAAAUUGACCGAUCCCUAAGAAAUCCCAUUCCUACGCCACUGAUCUGAACGAAGACAAUCGAACAUUCAUUGGUUCGCUGGAUUACCCUUUUUUUUUUUGAAGCAUCUAAAUCAGUGGUUCCGCCGCGACUAAAGUGUUCCAUGUUGUUUUACCCGAAUCAAUGAAGUGAUCAUCGUUUGAUGCUUCAUCACUGUAGAGUUUUUACGAGGGUUUUAGACGACCCCUGUGAAAGGGUCGUUCGAUCCCCAUUAGGCGUCGUGACUAACAGGUAGAGAACCGCUGGCCUAAAGAGAUGCUCCUGAAAGUACCCAACGCAGACUGCGUGUUUUGAAUAUCAAGGCAACGACUCGUACGCCAUUGUUAUCAGCUAAAAAAUGGUUGGUUUUGGGGUACCCCCCCAUUCCUACGCCCCUGUUCAAUUUUUAUACAUUUUUACAUCUUUCUACUAUAAAUGGUCACUCCUCUUUUCCUUCAUUACAUAAUGGCGCAAGAAUAAACUAAGUAAAGUCAUCUAACGUCUGUUUCCUCCCAGCUUGUGGCACCCCAACAUGGUCAUCUCAAACUCCGCCCACGAUGAAGACAAAUUGCUGCAAGGGAACGAGCGACUCCUGUUGGACGACACUGGGCGCGUGCUCAUGACCUUGCCAUUAUUCUCAAGGACAAGUUGUAACCUGGAUUUCACCAACUAUCCCUUUGACAAACAGGUGAUUUUUUCAUAUGAAUAGCAUGGGACUUUUUUAUGACAAACACGAGACAUAAUGUUUUUCAACGUUUUUUAACUGUUGACUUUAAAAAAGAUGACUUUUUGUCCACCUUCUUAUCUUUGUUAGUUGGUCAAAUUGAUGACUUUAGAUUUGACCAACAGACGACGUUGUCAUUGAUCGACUGGCUACUACGCAAUUGAUAUAAAUCUGAUUUGAACGGUAUUAGCUGUCUCUGCUCUAAAUUGUCGUUUCUAUACUCGUGUAGUGAUACGUCUCCCUAGACAUGACUCACUGUACCCACCACAACUAUUGCUUUACCCACACACAACUAUCACAGUACUCACACACAACUAUCACAACACCCACACACAACAAUCACAGUACCCACACAAAACUAUCGCUGUUACCCAUACGCAACUAAUCCUAGAACAAUAAUCCCCCGGCCUUGUGGAUUUCGUCCGGCGAAGUUUUCACCAUCGUCACAUUGUGACGGACGGAUGCCAGCAAAAAAAGAUAUAUUAUUAUUUUUUUUAAAUUUUGAAUGUUGUACUAGAAUGGCGAUUGUUCACCUUAUUACAUUUGUUUUUUCUAGUGAAUUCGUUCUCGUACGUCAGUUUUGAAUUCCGAUGAAAUACGGAACCAGUGGAACCGUAGCCUAAGUCUUUUUUUGUUUUUGUUCUUUGGGAUCUGAUGUCUUCUUUAUUGAACAAAGUCUCUAUCUGCAGGAAUGUGACGUCAUUGUGUUCCCAUUAUUUGACGAGUGCCAGUUUACCAUGACCACAGAUAAUGUCUCGAAAUUAACUGACCCUUUCAAGAUCAACGGGGAGUGGUCGAUAGAGGCCAGAUCGGCGGACACAGAGAUGUACACGUGGGGUCAAAAGAGCGUCCCCAUCUUGAGGUAGAUCUGUCACGUGAUUGUGGUGUAGGUCGUGUGGAUUUGCUUGUAGGGAAUAUAAUUGUGGUGAGCCACUUGGUGCAUAAAAAUGUACCACACGUAUUUAACGGAAGAGUGGGCAGUGUUAAACCAGGUAUGGGCAACCUUCGGCCCGUGGGCCCCAUGGGGCCCGCUGAAAUGUUUAAUGCGGCCAGAAAGAACUUUCGAGAAUUUAAUUAAUAUUUUCGUGACAUGUACACAUUCUCAAAAGUUUCAUAUGAAAAGCAAUUGAAACUGAUAAUUAUUUGUAAAGUUUCAAAAACUAAUAAUAGAAAUAUUCCAAACAAAUGAGAACGAAAAACGGUAAUGUUUAUUUGCGGCCCGCUGCGCCACAAGGUUGCCCACCCCUGAGCUAAAAGCAGAUGGAUGAAGGAGGGAAGAUGACGGCAAACGAACGAUUGGUUUGAUAGAUAGUAGGGAAGGUGGUAGGUGAAUGACGAACGGUUACCUGCUGUUAUCAUUUCACCUGACAUUUUUUCAUUGUGCUCCUUGAGAAAUGCCCCUUAGACAUUGGAAAGACGCCACUCUCUCAAAGAUGUGGUUUUUGAUGUUGAUGUUGUCAUCAGCGUGGUUGGUUCAUGACAUGUGAAUGUUGUAAUUUACAAACGGUAUAGGUCAACCCUAUAACACUGGCAUGAGUCAGAGUCUUGUACCGUAAAACUGGCCCUGGUAAAAUCACUGCUUGCGGUCCCGUACAACUGGCCUUGGUCAAAUCACUGCUUGCGUUCAUGUACAACUGGCCUUGGUCAAAUCACUGCGUGCGGUCCUGUACAACUGGCCUUCGUCAAAUCACUGCUUGCGUUCCUGUACAACUGGCCUUCGUCAAAUCACUGCUUGCGGUCCUGUACAACUGGCCUUGGUCAAAUCACUGCUUGCGUUCCUGUACAACUGACCCUGGUCAAAUCACUGCUUGCUGUCCUGUGCAAUUGGCCUUGGUGAAAUUAAUGCUUGCGGUACCGUAUGGUGACAUUGGUCAGCUCACAUCUCCCUCCUGUAAGCUUAAGGUUUUUCACCCCAUUAAGACUAAAAUACGUUACAAAAUUACAAUUGUUUUGGGCGCUCUUCAUCCCGGUAGGGUUAAAAUGCUGUACAAAGAAAUUACAAUUGUUUGGGCUCUCUUCAUCCCGGUAGGGUUAAAAUGCUGUACAAAGAAAUUACAAUUGUUUUGGGCGCUCUUCAUCCCGGUAGGGUUAAAAUGCUGUACAAAGAAAUUACAAUUGUUUGGGCCCUCUUCAUCCCGGUAGGGUUAAAAUGCUGUACAAAGAAAUUACAAUUGUUUGGGCGCUCUUCAUCCCGGUAGGGUUAAAAUGCUGUACAAAGAAAUUACAAUUGUUUGGGCGCUCUUCAUCCCGGUAGGGUUAAAAUGCUGUACAAAGAAAUUACAAUUGUUUGGGCGCUCUUCAUCCCGGUAGGGUUAAAAUGCUGUACAAAGAAAUUACAAUUGUUUGGGCGCUCUUCAUCCCGGUAGGGUUAAAAUGCUGUACAAAGAAAUUACAAUUGUUUGGGCGCUCUUCAUCCCGGUAGGGUUAAAAUGCUGUACAAAGAAAUUACAAUUGUUUGGGCGCUCUUCAUCCCGGUAGGGUUAAAAUGCUGUACAAAGAAAUUACAAUUGUUUGGGCGCUCUUCAUCCCGGUAGGGUUAAAAUGCUGUACAAAGAAAUUACAAUUGUUUGGGCGCUCUUCAUCCCGGUAGGGUUAAAAUGCUGUACAAAGAAAUUACAAUUGUUUGGGCGCUCUUCAUCCCGGUAGGGUUAAAAUGCUGUACAAAGAAAUUACAAUUGUUUGGGCGCUCUUCAUCCCGGUAGGGUUAAAAUGCUGUACAAAGAAAUUACAAUUGUUUGGGCGCUCUUCAUCCCGGUAGGGUUAAAAUGCUGUACAAAGAAAUUACAAUUGUUUGGGCGCUCUUCAUCCCGGUAGGGUUAAAAUGCUGUACAAAGAAAUUACAAUUGUUUGGGCGCUCUUCAUCCCGGUAGGGUUAAAAUGCUGUACAAAGAAAUUACAAUUGUUUGGGCGCUCUUCAUCCCGGUAGGGUUAAAAUGCUGUACAAAGAAAUUACAAUUGUUUGGGCUCUCUUCAUCCCGGUAGGGUUAAAAUGCUGUACAAAGAAAUUACAAUUGUUUGGGCGCUCUUCAUCCCGGAAGGGUUAAAAUGCUGUACAAAGAAAUUACAAUUGUUUGGGCGCUCUUCAUCCCGGUAGGGUUAAAAUGCUCCUGAGGAGGAGCGUGCUGUUCUACAUCAUCACGAUAAUGAUCCCCAUGUCCGUGACGUCACUGAUGACGUCCCUUGUGUUCUGGAUCCCACCGUCGUCAGGAGAGAAGGUCACGUUCCUGGUCACCAUCUACGUCUCUACAGCUGUCUUCAUCAACUUCUUUUCGUAAGUAUCUCCGUAGUAAGGCAUCCCGAGACCCUAAUCUAUGGUAGACAAUUUGGGGGGGAGGGGUGAAAACAGUAUGAUAAUAUCAUGGCCGGAAUAACUCUUGGGAACGGUACCAAAUAAUACAGAAAAAAAAAAUUUAAUAAGGGGUACACAAUCAGUAUUGGUCAGAGCAGAGGAAAACGUGAUCAGGUCAAUGGAAAUUCCAUUGUGGUUACACUCUUACCUUCACCAGUGAAUUCGAAAGGAAAAGUGACCACAUAACUUUAAACAAAUACAUAUGCUAAUAACUUUAGGUGUUUGUGCAUGAUUUUUUAUUUAAGCCCCAUGCUAGUAGUGUCAUAUCUGACCGAGUUGUGUAUUGAUUGUAUCAUAUCUGACUUGUGUCGAAUGAUUGUAUCAUAUCUGACUGGUGUCUAAUAUUUGUAUCAUAUCUGACUGGUGUCUAAUAUUUGUAUCAUAUCUGACUGGUGUCUAAUGAUUGUAUCAUAUCUGACUGGUGUCUAAUGAUUGUAUCAUAUCUGACCGUGAUGUCUAAUGAUUGUAUCAUAUCUGACUGGUGUCUAAUGAUUGUAUACUAUCUGACUGGUGUCUAAUGAUUGGAUCAUAUUUGACCGUGGUGCCUAAUGAUUGUAUCAUAUCUGACUGGUGUCUAAUGAUUGUAUCAUAUCUGACUGUGGUGCCUAAUGAUUGUAUCAUAUCUGACUGGUGUCUAAUGAGUGUCUCAUUCUCACAGAGAUACGAUGCCACGAAGCAUGUCGGACCUACCACGGAUCACCAUCUUUCUCAUCACCGUCAUGCUUCAAUGCUUCUUCGCUCUAAUGGCCACCCUGUUCGUCAUCAGACGAUACGAGCAAGAAGUUCUGGAAGGUUCUCGAGACUCACGUGACGUCGAUGGAAGACAAAUGAAAGAUGGCGCGUCCAGAAAACGAGAAGAAAUGGGCGAGCUGAGCAGUAAAGAAAUUGGCGCCCUGAACAUUACAGAAAUUGGCGCCCUGAGCAGUACGGAAAUCGGUGAACCUUUUGUAGAGUACAAAAGCCCCCAGAAAGAGGGGCUGGGGAGCAAGGGGUUUGGCCCUUUUUUCGGGGAAUCUGCUUUAGGGAAUCAUAAUUUUCCCGCCACAAAAAUGAAGCAUGGCGAGCUAGAAGAUAACUUUUCUUGUGCUAAGACCAGCCCAAGAAAGGUCAAAUGCCAACUCAAAGCCGAACAAUGGGAUUUAAUUUUUUUCGUCCUAUAUCACGUGGCUACCGUCCCUUGUUUCAUCAGCAUGUUGAUACCGCUGUUCAAGUAGGCCAGUCUCUUGUGGCUACCAUCACCUUAAUGACCCCUUAGUAGGUCGACACCAACUGUGAUAGAUGCACAGAACGUAUCACUAGCUCGUUUUUUGUGUUGUUUAUGCUGUCGUCUGCUUGUUCUUGAAUGGAUUGACUAACAACCAGCUUGCCGUGUGCCAAUGAACUAUUGGCUGCUUGCGAUAUCCCACACUAAAACUGGAUGUGAGGGUAGAUGGGACGGUACAUCAAAACUAGAAUCAAACAGCAGA